AUGGGGUUUGUGACCCAACUUGCAUGUCUUCCUUUUGCAAUUUUGAUUCAAAUACCUCUGAUACUCCAAGGUUGAAUCCUCAAAGCUCAGACUGCUUUGAAGAGUGCACAAAAAAUUCCACUUGCUCGCCUUCAGAUCUUGGAAAUGGGAUUUGUAAUCCAAAUUGCAAUAACCCUGUUUGCGGCUAUGAUUUUGGAGAUUGUGGGUAUUGCGCCUCUGAUUGUAAAAUUUAUUUUAGGUUUUCAAGAUGAUUUAGGCUUAAAUUGUCUUCAGUCAUGCAAUACUAAAAAUUGUUAUUAUGGGCUGGGGUCUUGUCAGGAAUGUUCUCCUGGCUGUAAUAGUGAAAUGCUUGGAGACAGUAUUUGUGAUAAAUCUUGCAAUAUUGACUUAUGUAAUUAUGAUUUUGGAGAUUGCAAUAAUAAUCAAUGCAAUAAAGAUUGCGAAAGCUGGAUGAUAGGAGACAAUAAUUGUAAUGAAGAAUGUAAUAAUGAAGCUUGCAAUUGAGAUGGAGGAGACUGUGACUGUUCUCAAGGCUGCCAUUCUUAUAUGAAAAAUAAUGGAAUCUUUAAAAAAAAUUGUAAUAAUACAGCUUGUAAUUAUGACGGAGGAGAUUGUGGGGAAUGUGCGCCUGGGUGUUUAAAGUCCAUCCUUGGGGAUGGGAUUUGUGAUAGCGCUUGUAAUAUUAGUGGUUGCCAUUAUGAUAAUUACGACUGUGGCUGCUCUGAAGGCUGUAGCAUAGAAAGUUAUGGGCAAUGCAAAGAUUCUUGCAUGAAUUCUUAUUGCCUGUAUGACACUAUUAGUGAGACAAGCCAAUGCCAAAAUCAAAAUCUUGUUUUAUUUUCUUUGCAUUAUGCUUUUAUUUCUAAAAACCUUACUUUAUAUUAAAAAAUUUAUGUGUAUUCAUAUUUAUAAGUAAAUAGAAAAACCAUUUGGUUAACUAAUAGCAGAUUUUUUUUAUUAUCUUACUCCCCCCCCCCUCCGUGAGCGAACAAAAAAUUUUUGUUCGCUCACGGAGGGGGGUUAAUUUUUAUUUUUUAAAAAAAAUUAUAUAUAAAUUUUUAAUUGUAAAAUAAUAUUUUUUUAUAAGUUGAAAAUUAUUUAAAAAAAUAUUAUGGGGGAGAGUAAGGGAAUUUCCAAAAAAAAAAGAAUACCAUUUGAUUUAAAGGUAAAACACAGCUUAAUUUUUCAAUAAUUUAAUAAUCAAUAAACCUAUUAGUAAUAAAUAUAUGCAUUCAGUUAAAAUAUUUUAUAUAUUUUCUUAUUUAAAUAUAAUAAGCAAAUUCUCUAUAAAUCAUAAUAAAAAUGUACAAAGGGAAAAGAAAGUACAUUGAAAUUUGGCAGAAAGUUGAAAUUGCUGAAUUUUACAUUCAACACCAAAAUGAGAUGAGCAUGAGAGAUGUUGCUGCAAAGUUUCAUGUCAACUCCUUUAGCUCGAUUUCCGAAUGGGUGAAUAAGCUUGAUGAGUUGAAGAAAUCAGUAAAAUCUGAUAAAAAAUUAAAAUUAGAAAGCUUCACUCAAUUUCCAGAGCUAGAGAAAGAACUAGUUCAUUGGUUUACUGCAAUCCGUGAGCAAGGUAUUCAGGUUCUCAGAUCAACGAUUGAGGAGAAAGCAAAAAGUUUGGCGGCAGAAUGGGAUUGGCGCGAUUCGGCUGUGGAGAUAAAUGGUGGCAAGGAUUUAGGACCAGAAAUAAUUUAUCUUUCAGAAAAAUCAAUGCCUCAAGCAUUAAGCCAAUCGAAAAAGAGGCAGAACUUGUCAGGCAAUACCUAGAUGAUUUAGCGUCAUUGCUUCCUCAAUUCGUUCCAUCUAACAUUUACAAUUUCGAUGAAACGAGAUUUGAUUGAGAUGUAAAAAGCAAGUUCACUUAUGAUUUCAAGGGAACUCAACGAAUUCUAGGCGUUCAAUCAGCUAAAAUGAACCAUUUUAUCACUGUUAUGCUUAUGAUUAGAGCUGAUGGAGAAAAAAUGCCUGCUUUGCUCAUUUUUCAAGAGAAAAAUGGCCAGAUCCCGAACCUUGUAAGAGAAAGACUGAAUAUUCCAGAAAAUGUCAUCAUAAAAUCAAAUAAAUCUGGCUACAUUUCUGACCAGAUUCUUAAUGACUACCUCAGAACAAUACUGAGACGAGAAAACCAACUGCUGAUUUAUGAUCAGGCUGGAAGUCAUAAAACUAUCAUGAUUUCUAAUGCAAUUUCAGAUUUAGAUGCAACCAAAAUUGUGAUCCCUGGAGGGUGCACAAAGUAUUUGCAACCACUUGACGCACUGGUAAUUGCAAAUUUCAAAUCAAAAACAACAGAUUUCAGAAUCAAAUUCCAAACAGAGCAGAUUGAAAGAAGAUCGAAAAGAACUGGAAACCUCAAAGCUCUUGAUCGCCAGCAACUGAUAAACAUUGCUUCAAAGGCGUGAGAUGCUGUAAGCCCUCAACUUGUCAGAAAAUCAUUUGAGUUGACGGGUUCUUAUGGCGUUAAUCAUCCAAAGAUUUUCAGCCAUCAAGUUAAUAUGAAGAAGUUAAUUAUCUAAUCGAUUUCUUCUAUUCAUUUUUUUGUCUUAAAUUUAAAAUUGUUAAAUUCAACCUUUUCACUUAUGGUAUUCUUUUUUUUAACCCUUUGAAUAAUAUAUCAAACAAACUUAAUAAUUAUUUUUCAAUAUUAUCCUCUUUAUUUGUAUUAAAUAUAGAUAUAAUAAACUAUAUAUAAAAUUAUAUGUAAAAAAAAAUUUUUUGUUCGCUCACGGAGGGUGGGUUUUUGACCAAAAAAUAGGGAUUUUUCUAAUGGUUUUGUUCGCUCACGGAGGGGGGGGGGAGUUAGUGAGGAUUUAGUAUAAAUGUAAGCCCAGAAAAUUGCACAAAUACAACAAAUUGCAUAAUUUCAGAGGCUCUUGAUUCAAGUAGAUGCCAUACAAAUUGUAAAGCUUCCAGCUGUAUUUAUUCUUGAAAUCAGUGCACAGAAUACACUUGUGCUGACUCAAAUUGCUUGUCUUGCAAUUCUAUAAGCUUACUCCUUUACCAAGCCAAAAUUUUAUUUAACAUAUAGUUAUUUAUGGAGAUAAAAAAAUAAAAUCAUAUAUUUUUUUAUGUGGAGCACAGAGUCAGGAGAUUGUUUUAAAUGCAAUACAAAUACAUAUCAGUUCUACGGAUAUUGCCUUACUUCGUGCCCAGGAGGACAUGAACCUAUUAGCUUGCUUGGAAAUUAUCCAGUCUGUUUAAUCCCUAAAGAUUACUCCACAAGAGAAAACCCUGCAGUUUAUUAUGUGACCUCAAAGACAAGCACAGAUGCUUAUGAAGGAAAUGGGACUUUUUCCAACCCAUUUGCUUCAGUUUCCCUAGCUCUUGCUUCAAUUUAUACCAAAUAUUCUAUUGUUUAUUUAUUAAAUGAUGGAGUUCAUUAUCUGACUUGCGCUAAUUCAUCAAAUCCUGUAAGCACACUAUUAUCUGAUCCUUGCAACCCUUUAAGUCACAAAGAAAUAAAUGUGGCGCGACUGAAAGUAAUCCGAGGCGGCAUCUACUGAUAGAGCGUGGAUUAGUGCAAAUGAUGGCGUGAGAAAUAGACAUCUCAAAGAGAAGCCUGCUGAAACCAAGUGUUUUGUUUCUCCUUUAAGGUUUUCCUGUCCAUGUCAGAGAUUUUGUCUGCCACAUAGUCCUUCUUGUUGGGAUCAUAAAGACAUCAAUCAGAAGGUGACUCUAUCCAAGAGAGUUAAUUCCCUGGGCAGGUGUUCAGGUCAGAAAACUUUUGGAGUCAUGAUGGGCUCAGACUAGUGGGCUUACCCGCUUAUGGCCAGCAUAACUUUUAACUAACUACGUUUAAUUCGCAACUAUAACCUAACAAGUCUUCUAAUUUCCUCCUAUGAUAACUCAACAAUCCUAUUAAAAACCAAAGCAGGUAGCAAAUUUCCUACUUUUACAAUAACAAACAUUACAACCUUAACUAUAAAAAAUAUUAUUUUCAAUGGGGAAGAUAUCCUAUCAAAUUGCUCAGCAAGCCCUUAUUGCUCUUAUUGUGCUAAUAUUACACUAAAAUCUGAUGGAUCUUACUACAACGAUCAAGGAGUCAAAGUUUCAUCUUUUCUGGCUUCGUCUGCAUGCACUUCUUAUCAUUCCCCUACAUUAUUUAAUCUGUAUUUUGGAUCUAAAUUAUCAUUAGAAAACGUAAAUUUUAUUUCCUGAAGAAUGGAAUUAAAAUCAAUAAUUGCAAGCUACGGAGGGAAUAUUACUUUUAAUAACGUAAAUUUUGACAAUAUUCGAUGCAAUUGGAUACCACAGACAUCAGCUCAAUCAGGCCAAACAGGACAAGAUUGAAAAUAUGCCGUGGUUUAUUUUCUUGAUUGUGGAGACGAAAAUUAUAACUGUGGAAGUUUUGAGUAUGCAAAUGGAAUUGUCUCAAGACUUAAUAAUGGCUAUGAAUAUGGGGCAGCACAAUUUUCAGGCUUUUUAAGUGCUGAUAAAAUUAGGACUGUAUAUUUGGAAAAUGUGACUUUUAGUAGUAAUGUUGUAUAUAAUCCUUAUGCUUCAUCUACAAGUUACUCUUUGAUAAAACUAGCUUUAUUUCGAUCUCUUGAAGUAUCUCACUGUGUAUUUCAAAAAAAUGCUGCUAAUUAUGGACUCAUUUAUUUGUCACCAACAACGUUAAUCUUUAGAAAUGAUGUAAAUUCUAAUAAUGAACUAAUUGAUUUACUGCUGUUUCAUGUAUAUAUACAUGAUACUAUUUUUGAAAAUAAUUAUGGACAAUAUGCAGGAAUUAGAAUUAAUAUUUAAAUUCAUGAUCAGAAUAAUCGUGCUCACCUUAGGACGUCACUAGAUGACAUCUUAACUACUUUACGGUUUCUGUACGGUAUCCAUCAUUCGACUCCAGGACCUCUUUUCCGGCUGUUGCUGCACGUGGACGGGUGGUGCUUUUAAGUACUUAGGGUAGGGCAUGCUCGCCACUUGCUCUAUCUCAGCCUUCAAUGAUUCUGCUCCAGCCGCUUUGUCUUGACCAAGGACACUCAUGGUAGGUGUUGUGGUAGCAAAAGUCCUUUUAGCAGACCACAGGAUAUUAUGCGGGAAUAUUUUCAAUUACUUACAAGUCUCAGCUGCAAAACAUUUUAUUAAAAAAUAAUGUGAUCAACUGAAACGGAGUGCUAUCAGGACCUAUAAUGCAAAUAGACAAUCAGUAUUUAUACUCAGAUUAUAUAGUAGAUACAAAGAUCUCAAUGAAUAGCACGAAUGGAACUUAUGUUGAAGCGAUUUAUAAGAAGCGAGAAUUUAUAUUAAAGGAUUCUGUAAUUACUAAUAAUUAUUCUGGAGGAAAAGGAAUUUUUGACAUUACUCAGCUAGUCAAUAUACGUAUAUAUAAUUUGACGGUAGAGUCGAAUGGUAGCUUAAAAACUCAAAAUAUCAAUACAAUUCUAUGGGAUUAUUAUGUUGCUGACAGCAAUUUAUAUACAAAAAGAAUUGUUUCUGAUGCAGCUAGUAUUGACUGCUUUGCCUUAUGGUCAGCUUCCACUUGUUACAACUAUGAAAUAUCUGAAAGCAUUUUUCAAGCCAAUAUGUGUCAAAAUUCCACUCCGUCUCUGGUCUACUCACAAGUUGAGAACGCCAAUAUCACUAACUGUAUUUUUGAAGGGAAUAUUGGCUCUGCUUAUCAAUCAGGGGUUUGUGUAGUAUCUUCUUAUGCAGAAAAUAUGUGGAUUCUUAAUAAAAUAUUUAAUAAUAACACAAAUUACCAUUCUCAAGGAGCUGGACCUUUAACCUUUCUAUAUAGCUUGAAAAAUGUAACGAUUAUGGAUACAUUUAUAUCAAAAAAUAGUGCAAAUUAUAGCUCAGGGAUUGGCUUUAUGGGUGGCUCAUUAGUUUUGGAUAACGUGACAUUUGAAGCUAAUAGAGCCAUGCUAGGAUUCGGGGUUAUUUAUUUUACUGUUUAUACAGAAAUAGAUACUCAUUUACUUGAAAUAAAAAAUUCGGUUUUUGAAGAAAAUCAAAUUUUCAGUGUAAAUGCAGGAGCAAUUUAUCUAUUAGGCAAUUUAUUGACACAAGAAGUUAUCACUUUGUCUAUAGAAAAUACUUUUUUUAUGAAAAAUUCUGCACCAAGUGGUUCAGCGAUAUAUUUGCAAUUUCCUGUGGAUGGCGCUGAUUUGGCUUUGAUUUUCCCACUGGAAAAAUUUUUUGGUUCGACCAGUACCAUAUGGUUUGGUCAAACCAAAAAUUUUCCCAGUGGGAAAAUCAAGGCCAAAAUAGCGCCAUCCAUAGGAAAACACUAUAUAUAGAAAGUAGUGUAAUUCUUUCAGAUAAUUCAAGAAUAGACUCUUGCACUUUUUCCCAAAAUUCUGCUCAAAAUAAAGGGACUAUUGUAAACUUAUCUCAAUAUGGGAUUCUUAAUAUCUCAAAUUCCUUAUUUAUUUCUAACUAUGCAGAGCUUGGGUCUGCUUUAUAUUUCGCUUCUUCAGCAAAUGUCGGAUCUGGAAAAUCCAGAAUGAUUUUUAAUUCUUGCACUUUUAAUCUUAAUUCAGGAAAAAAUGUUAUAUGCACCAAUGAUAUGGCAAUUUAUUCUUAUAUUGAAACGGCAAAAUGUAUUUUUCAAAAAAAUGAAGGGGUUGCAGUUUAUCUUGUAAGCGAUUAUUGGAAAGAUACUGAGUCUAUUAUAGCGAAUUCAACGAUGACUGAUGGAGCUGUCUAUUUAACGUCGAAUUCCACAGUUUAUUGUGUGUCAACGUCUUUUAUUAAUAAUACUUCGACAAAAAAUGCAGGGGCAGUCAGAGCUGAAGACAUUGACAUUAAGAUUAAUUAUAGAUUAGGGCUCCUCAUUCUUUUAUAUUUUUACUGAGGCGAGUCUUUUUAGAAGACUCAUUCAGCUGCUAGCGAAACUUCCUGGCAGGUCAGCAUUUCCACCUGAGAUAUACUAAUUGCCCGAGAAUGGCGCUAUUUGCGCCAUUCUCUGGCAAUACGGAAAAUCUUUCCCGUGUGGAGCCAUCCUCGGGCAAUUUCUAUAGCUUUCCUCCGGCUUUAGGCCUAGCUCUUAAUGCUGUCUCUAAACCUUGGAACAUGCAGGUUGGAACUUGACAGCUGCUGCUUGAGUGACUAGAGUCCAGCUAGGAAUAAUUCACUAGAUCGUAUCGGUGCCAACUAUGCCUUCGUUGUCGCACUAGUAGUCUCUCGGGGUAAAAAGCCUUUUUCCCAAAUACCCAUUUGAAAAACAUAAAGUCUUCUUUGCCGAACGACGGAGGCAAAACUCAACCGAAGCACAAAUGCCCAGUAUAUGUAAACUCCGUUUCCUAUUCGGUUUGGCUUCAGGCCUCAGCAAGAUCACCAGACCUCAAAUAGGUAUUUGACAGGGUGGGCUGGUGACUUCUCCAUUUUAUUUGUGUUUUAUCAUAGCUGAAGGAAACUCCUAUUUUUAUUGUAAUAACUGCAUUUUUCACCAAAAUAGUGCUAAAAAUGGAGGAGCCCUUUAUUUUGAUCAAUUAUCUUAUUUUACUAUAGAAAAUUCAGUUUUUAGUAAUAAUCAUUGUAAAAAAAAGGGUCAGCAAUUUAUGUGAUAG